ACGGUGGAGGAACAUCCAUCCGCGGAAACACGGAGCCGCUAACACCAAGGACCUUGGAAUCUCACACUUCCAUACAAACAUGAAAGAGGCAGUGCACGCAGACACACUCCCUCUCCCAACUAACCUAACCCUAGUUAAUUCCCAACCCUCUCUCUCUCUCACCACUCACUCAUGUUCUCUUCCUGCUCCGGUUAAUGUUUAUUUAUACCCCAACUGCCCCUCCAUUCAACUUCCAUUCCAUGUCCCUCUUAUCUCCUUCUCACAUUACUUAUUCUUGUUCUGCAGUCAUCGGUUUUUAAUGUGAGGGUGUGGUCCGAACACAACACAACCGUUGUUAGUUACUCGCUCUUAAUUUGUAAUUUUAAACCAAAGAGGUAUGAGUUGUAACGGGUGCCGAGUCCUUCGAAAGGGUUGCAGUGAGUCCUGUAUUCUGAGACCGUGUCUACAGUGGAUUGAAACCCCUGAAGCCCAAGGCCAUGCCACUGUUUUCGUAGCCAAAUUCUUUGGCCGUGCAGACCUCAUGUCCUUCAUUUCAAACGUCCCUGAACCCCAAAGACCUGCUCUGUUUCAAUCUCUGUUGUUCGAAGCUUGUGGACGAACGGUGAACCCCGUGAACGGCGCCGUGGGGCUUCUGUGGACAGGAAACUGGCACGUUUGUCAGGCGGCUGUUGAGACGGUGCUCCGUGGCGGCACCCUGAGGCCCAUGCCGGAUCUUCUUGGCCUAGACGCGCCCUCUCCCAUCGGGGACGACGCAUCCGAAGGGGAAGUCACUUGCACCGACAUGUGGAGGGUCCGAGAUCCGAACCCGGUUUUGCGGUUCUCGAGCUCGCAGUCUAAUAAGGUCGCUUCCGGCGGUAAACGCAAGCGAUCGAACGAAAUCACCAAGUUUCAGACGACGACCGAUCUCAAUCUCCGGUUGACGCCGAGUUUUCUGCAUAACGUCUCCACCUACGACUGCCGACACGAAACUCGCCGACCGGGCACACCGUCGAUGAAUUCGGAGGAAUCCGUGACGACGACGUGCUUGGAAAGUGGGAUCGGAGAACACUACGCUCACGGCGGAGACCGGAAAGUGCUUAACCUUUUCGUUUGAGGGCUCUCUUUCUCUCUGAGAUUCGUGUUUUUCUGAAUCUCUAAUUAAGGGGUGUGGCACGCACGCGUCUUUUAUUUGUUUUUUCUUCAUUUUUUGAACGCUUUGUUUUGCGAAGAGGGUUUUUCCUGGAAUUAAAAUCCGUUGAGAUUUUGUAAGUUACCGGCACAGGAUUUUCUCUCUCUUCACGUUUGUAGACAGGGAGAGAAAGAUGAGGGUUCGUCGGUGAUAAUAUUUCCUUUUUUCUUUUGAUCUAUGAAAACAUGUUAUGAUGGUGUGACAUGAAUAUUAAAUAAUUAAAUA